AUGAGUUCAGUCCGCUGUUGGGCCAACGCUGGUCGAAAACUCAGUCAUAGUUCUCAGGUUUUGAUAUUUUGCUCAUUGAAUUCUUUAUCUAGGACCCCGAUUUUAAAAACGUUUUCGACCAGUUCUCUUAUUUUAAAAGAUAAUUCAUCAAGUUUUAGUAAAGAUGGUUUUAAAAAAUCUGUUCCUCCCCCACCACCAAUAUCAAGCGGAGGUAGUAGAGGUCACAGAGAUGGAUUAAAUUGUCCAAAAUGUGGCGAUCCAUGUACACAUGUCGAGACUUUUGUCACUUCUACUAGGUUUGUGAAAUGUCAAAAAUGUCAUCAUUUUUUUGUUCUCUUGUCCGAUGUCGAUUCGAAAAGAGGUUUAAAAGAAAACAAAGAAGAUGUGAAAAAUGGAUUUUAUAAAAAACCUCCUCCUCCUCCAAAGAAAAUUUAUGAAUAUUUAAAUAAUUAUGUAAUCGGUCAAGAACAUGCUAAAAAAGUACUAUCUGUAGCAGUGUAUAAUCAUUAUAAGAGAAUUUAUAACAAUAUUCCAAUUAAUGUCAGUUCUGAUAAUUCAUCAUCUCAACCGCUUUCUCAAAGGGGUGAGUUUUCAAAAAUGAAAUAUCGAGUUGUAAGUUUUAAUAAAGAACCAUAUGUUCUUCACCUUAAUAAUAUGGGGUCUUUAUCAUCAAUGGGUGUAGAAUUUCAACCGUCACAAAGUGAUAAUAGAAGGAGUACCGGAGGAAGUGAAAUUUUGGAUUCGACGACCCAUCAACUUCGUUUAGAUAAAAGUAAUAUAUUAAUGCUGGGCCCGACGGGAUCAGGCAAAACGUUAUUAGCCCAAACGAUAGCUCAGUGUUUAGAUGUUCCAUUUGCCAUUUGUGAUUGUACGACGCUAACGCAAGCUGGCUACGUAGGCGAAGACAUCGAAUCCGUUAUAGCGAAACUAUUGCAAGAUGCCAAUUAUUCGGUCGAAAGAGCACAAACCGGUAUUGUAUUUUUAGAUGAAGUUGAUAAGAUAGGAGCCGUACCUGGGAUUCACCAGUUGAGAGACGUAGGAGGUGAAGGGGUUCAGCAAGGAAUGUUAAAGAUGUUGGAGGGAACGAUAGUUAACGUACCGGAAAAAAAUUCACCGAGAAAACUCAGAGGAGAAACAAUACAAGUGGAUACGACUAAUAUAUUGUUUGUCGCGUCGGGUGCUUACAACGGUUUGGAUCAUUUAAUAAGUCGUAGGAAAAAUGAAAAGUACCUUGGUUUUGGUGUACCUGCGACGGAUUCGCCUAAUCGUCGAGUUGCAUCGCUCGCGGAUCAAGCAAAUUACAAUUCGCCUAAUUCAGCCGAACAGGAUAAUGCGGAAAAGGAUGCGUAUUUAAGACAAGUCGAAGCUAGGGAUUUAAUUGAAUUUGGAAUGAUUCCAGAAUUCGUCGGAAGAUUUCCCGUUCUAGUUGCUUUUCAUUCUCUUAACGAAGAUUUUUUAGUACGGAUUUUAACAGAGCCGAAGAAUGCGAUAGUUCCUCAAUAUCAAAUGUUAUUCAGCAUGGAUAAGGUUGAUUUGACUUUUUCACCGGAAGCAUUGAGAGGAAUAGCACGUCAGGCGAUGGAAAGAAAAACCGGAGCCAGAGGAUUGAGAGCCAUUAUGGAAACGUUACUAUUGGAUUCCAUGUUCGAAGUACCCGGAAGUGAUAUUUUAGCUGUGCACGUGAACGAAGAAACGGUAGCCGGAAGAUCACCGCCCGUGUACAUAAGAAGAGAAGAAGAUGCCAUCGAAGCCAGAGCAGAAGCUAAAUAA